AUGGAUGAUAGAGUUCUUUUGAAGGUGUAUUAUUUUGGUCAGAUUUUGUUGCAGACACUUGAAAGAGUAAAAUUUGUUUGUGAAGAUCCAUUAGAUGUUGUUAUUCCCUUCACAAUUUCAUUUGAAGAGCUUAAAGGAGUGAUUUGUGAGAAGAUAGAUUCGGAGAUGUCAAGAAAAAUAUCAUGUAUUUUAUACAGAUAUCCUGUACCAGUAUUUGGUGGAUUCGUCCAAUUUCAGACCAAGUAUGUAACCGACGAAGCUAGCAUGCAAGAGAUGUUUUCAAUGUACAUUAAAAGUCGUGCUCAAAUUUUCUUCAUCGAGUUGUACGUUGAAUUCGAACAAUCUGAGACCGACCGAAAUAUUUUACGAGAAGACUACAAUAGUGACAGUGAGGAAGAGUUUGAAAGCAAUUACGAAGUUGUCGGUGAAGAUGGAGAUGUAAAUCCAGCCGACGGCGGUGUGGCUCCGAAUGUGGCAGACGUUGCAAAUGCAUUCGCGAACGAAGAGCCAUUUGAGGAGCCAUCUUUCAUGCGAGUUUUGGAUUUGGAAGCCAUGCAUGCUCCGGAGUUUCCAGACUAUAUGAGUGCAGAAGUUCCUUUUGUCGCAGAUGGUGAGUUCGCCGUGGGGAUGGAAUUCAGUUCCAGGGAAGCUGUUAUUAAGGCGAUGAAGGAGUAUACCUUCCGAAGAUCUGUAGACUACCAUGUGUAUGAGUCGAAACCGUUGACAUUUUAUGCGAAGUGUACACAGUACGGGUCAGGGUGUGAUUGGCUUAUCAGAGUUAGCAUGAUCAGCAGAAAGCACUGUUGGGUUAUUAGGAGGUACAAUGGUAGUCACACUUGUACCAGAGCAACCAUCUCUCAGGAUCAUUCCAAGCUGGAUUCAAAUACGAUUGCCGAAGCCAUAAAGCCGUUGGUUGAGGCUGACCCCUCUUUAAAGGUAAAAUCAGUUAUUGCAGAAGUGCAAUCGAAGUUCAACUACACGGUCAGCUAUCAAAAAGUAUGGUUGGCAAAACAGAAGUCCAUUGAGAAGAUAUUUGGAGGUUGGGAAGCAUCGUACAAAGCGUUGCACAUAUGGUUCGAGGCCAUGUGUCAUAAGGAACCAUCAGCUGUCGUACAUUUUGAGAUUAUGCCUGCAUAUCAAGGGGAUGAUUUGGUAACUGAUAUCCGGGUAUUGCAUCGAGUAUUUUGGAGCUAUUACCCAUGCAUUAGAGCAUUCAGACACUGUAAUCCAGUUGUCCAGGUGGACGGGACUCACUUGUACGGAAAGUACAAGGGUUGCUUGUUAGUGGCCAUUUCGCAGGAUGGUAACAACAAUAUCAUCCCGAUUGCAUUUGCCAUUGUCGAGGGAGAGGCCUCUGAUACUUGGCACUUUUUUCUCAGUAACCUACGUCAACAUGUUGUGACUCGGGAUGGUGUGGGGCUGAUAUCGGACCGACAUGAGUCCAUAAAUGCAACUGUGAAACGUAGUCACGGAGCUUGGUCACCUCCUAGAGCUUUCCACAUAUUUUGCAUCAGUUUCAAGGCACCCUAUCUGCAAAAGCUUGUCGUCAAUAUAGGGUAUUCGCGGACGUAUGCGUUGGCAUUCGAUGGUGGCUACCGAUGGGGUCACAUGACGACUAAUCUAGUGGAGUGCAUCAACUCAGUCUUGAAGGGUGCACGCAAUCUCCUCAUCACUGCACUUGUGAAAGCAACAUUCUACAGACUUAAUGAGUUGUUCACAUGGAAAAGAGCAGAAGCGGGGGCGAGGAUUAAUGCAGGCCAUGUUUUUACGGAGCAUGCGACCUCCAAAAUUCAUGCAAAUCAACUUGCAUCAGGCAACAUUCAGGUUAAUUGCUUUGACAGGCAGAAUGAGGUAUUUGAAGUGCGUGAGAUGCCAAGUGGAGUGGAGUAUGCUGUUGAUCUCCGUGGUCAGAGAUGUGACUGUGGUGAGUUCCAGGUGGACCGGAUUCCUUGCCGGCAUGUGUUUGCAUGUUGUGCAAAUCAAUGA